UCUUUGGUCUAUAUUGAAUGUGAAAUAAUGAUAUGGUUUGUAUCUUCGAGAAUGUUAUAAUCUGUAGGGGAUCGUUAAAGUUGCAGUGUACGUAAUCGGUAAGAAAAAAAGUGAUUGUGCAAUGUAUAUAUUUAGUUCUGGCUAUGACGUGAACGUUACGCGUUAUCGGCCAAUGAGCGGUCUGGAAUUGUUCGUGCCAAGUUGUGAUUGGUCGUUGCCACUGGCGCAUCAUCCGCCAUGUGGGAAGCUCCCGAAGUGCCGUUUCGAAUGUAAUAUCAGUUGGCACGCAACCGCUGGUCGGUGGAGUCUAGUAUAGGUUACACUUAGUAAAACGCACAUUUUUUAUCAAAGACUACGGCAGAAGAUUGAGACUGGAACCUAAUGGCAGAACUACGAGAGGGUCUUCUACUUGGAUUAGGAAAUCCACUAUUAGAUAUAUCAGCCACAGUUGACGAGGAUUUUCUGAAAAAGUAUGGAUUAAAAGCUAACGAUGCAAUACUCGCCAAUGAGAGGCACAAACCACUUUAUGACGAACUUAUCGAGCAGUAUAAAGCUGACUUUAUUGCGGGUGGAUCUGUACAAAACACCAUGAGAGUAGCACAAUGGUUUCUGGAGAAACCCAACAUUACAACGUAUAUGGGCUGCGUUGGGAGGGAUAAGUAUUCAAAAAUCUUGGAAGAGCGAGCUCGAACCAGUGGAAUAAAUGUUCGGUAUCAAUAUACAGAUAAGGAACCAACAGGCACCUGUGCCGUGCUGAUAACUGGAAAAGAGCGAUCGCUUUGUGCUAAUCUAGCUGCAGCGAAUUGUUUCUCCCUUUCACAUAUUCAGGAGGCAGAAAAUCAUAAGCUGCUUCAAGAUGCCAAGUACAUUUACAUUUCUGGAUUUUUCUUGACAGUCAGUCCAGAGACGAUACAGAUGGUUGCCAAAUAUGCCUACCAGGAGAAUAAGAUCUUUGCCAUGAAUUUAAGCGCUCCGUUUCUCUGCGAGUUUUACAAGAAGCCCAUGAGGGAUGCACUGCCUUAUGUUGACAUACUUUUUGGUAAUGAAACCGAAGCUGAUGCAUUUUCAAAAGCUAAUGAUUUAGGUGUAACAGACCGAAGAGAUAUUGCUCUAAAAAUCGCGAACCUGGAGAAAAUAAACAAGAAGAGAAAACGUCUAGUGAUUAUCACACAAGGGGCUGAACCUGUCAUCGUUGCACAUGAAAAUACUGUGGUUGAAUACCCUGCCGAGAAGGUACCAGAAGAAAACGUUAUCGAUACCAACGGUGCCGGCGAUGCUUUUGUUGGUGGGUUUUUGGCUGAGCUUCUUCAAGGCAAAGACACAGAAACGUGCGUGAAGUGUGGCAUUUAUGCUGCCACCCUGAUCAUUCAACGAUCUGGAUGUACUUACGAGGGAAAGCCAAAUUUUUCCCCAUGAUCAAGGAGAACUUAGUAGGAUCCUGUAAAUUCUUGUACUUAAAAUAACCUGGUUACUUUUAAUUUGAUCUUGUUAUGUACACUACACAUAGCCUGAUCCUUAGAGUUACAUACAAAUUUUGUAACAUCGCUGAUUUCGAUUGCGUGCAAAGUACAAUCAGGAAUCAUAAUAUCUUUGCUCAGAAAUGCAAUACUUUUGGCAUAGCGUGUAUACAGAUGUUUUGCAUAAUCGUCGUAACGAGGACCCAAGGAAAGAUGCCCACGUUUUGCAGGAGUUACAUAAUUUAAAUAUAAUUGAUUAAUAAGUUCGUUUAUUUGUACAGGGGAAAAAAAAGUACAACUCGAAUUAAAGAAAAUGCAUUAUUUUCAA